ACCGCAACGAGUCACGGCGGAUGCCAACGUCCUCUCCAAGGAUGCGGGCUUAUUUGACGUCUCGACGCGGACUAAACUGGUAAUUGUUGCGGAAAUUCCAUGUCAUCGACAAGGUUGAUGCUGCAGAGAUGCCAGGGAGUUCUUUUACUGCCCUCGUGGGUAUUGCAUAAUUGGACUCUGAUAAGUGGGACAAGAUACACCUACAGAUACCAUCACGAGUUCUUCUUUCAGUUUUGCAGGAUGCCAUCUGCAGCGAACCUUUCUUCUCCAGCCAACGUUGGGCAGUUUGCUUUCUUACUAAUAGAGUACUGGUAUUUUCACCACGGUCUCAUCCAAUUCCUUUACCCUCUGGAAUUUCCAAUGGUGGAGACAGAAACGUUGUCGUCGCUCUUACGGAGUAUGCUAGCAGUCAUACCAGGAUAAGGGUGCCACUUGGUACGUACCUGUCCGGAGACGCCGUGGACUGGAGAAAGAGCCCCGUAACGGGCGAGCAGGCAACCACAAAGUUCGAUGUUCUGUACCUCUGUAUCUCU